GGGAUUUCCCGGUCACUGAACAGCACCGCGCUCUGUCUAAAUCAGUGCAACUUCGUCACAUAAGUCAAGCUAAAACGUAAACAAAGAUAUCAGUGUUUUAGGGUUUGAUAGAUUGAAACAAAAAUAUUUAAUUUAUAAAAAUUGAAAUCAAUAAUUUCGUCUGAGAAAUGUUUUUAGUACGUUGAAAUAUUUAGUAUUCUACGAUCGCUUGGGGUUUAUGUAAAUUAGUGACAUUUUAAUUAAAGCAGAUAAUCUACAGUCUGGGGAUUUUCUACCAGUAAUUUGCGUUGAAAUGGUCAGAUCAGAGACCAAGUCUUGUCAUCUAUCUGAAGAAAUGACGUCACUGUUACCGGGAGAGCUGGUCCGAAAUGGCAAGAAGUCGUCACCCUGUGGUGAGGUAGAGUUUUGGAAUACGCCAGAGGUCAAGGCAUGGACACUGACCCCGCAGGAAAAGGCGCGUCUCGCACAGGCCACAGAUGAGGUUCCCCUGGGGGCAGGGGACGUGGAGAGGGAGGUCAACUGUGAAGGUAAUCACGUGACCAUGACGAAGACAGCAUCGCCUGGUGAUGAAUCCCACGCCGAGAACCCGAGUUCGAACUAUGGCCAGACAAGACGCGGACUGCGGAAAUGGCUUUUCCUGCUCUUUUUGUACAUGGGCUUCACCAGUGUGUGUGCCACACCCAGCUGUAGCCGUGUGGACAUUCCUUUCUUUCAUCUCAUGUUAAGGUUCCAGCUAGGAGAUGAAUGCCAGGAAAAAACUAAUGACACAAUUUUCAGUGCUACCCACGGUGUAAGUAACGACAAUACAUUAUGCUACGAACUCUUCUUUUUGGUCAUCCUGCCUCUACUGAUGGGAAUUGUUCUUGAGGAAGUGACACGAAGGCCAGGUCCAGUACAGGUGCCGCCCCCCGUGCCAGCACCUCAACCGCCGAGACUUCGGAUGUAGGUGCCAGACAUACAGACGGACAUCCCAGGUGUACGGGUUAAAAUUUUGGCGUCAAUCAUCAGCUAUGAGAACCACCGCAACUUUUUUUUAACUUACAAAUUUUGUUGUUUUUUGUUAAAAAAAAAUCCGAUUAUUUACAUUUAUAAUUCAUAAUGUCAUAAACAUAAUUCAAUCUUUGAUUAAAUUAUUUUUAAUUUUAAAAAAAAAUUGUUUUAUAAAUUCAGUUAUUAAAAAUA